AUGCAUAGAACUAGCCUUAUUCGACUUGAUAGCAAAUUUCAAAGAUAUCUUAACCAAGCUAGAAAAUCAGUAACCCAUGGAUGGCAUUGGACAAAAACAGGUUUCCAACUUUUUUAUGGGAACUUGAAGACUUCCAGACAAAUAGCUAAAAAAAGGUUUAAAGGAUAUCCCUUGACUUUUAGUGAGUACAAGAUGCUCACUAGAACAACAACAGAUCUUGUAAAGCUCAUUCCAUUCUCCUUUUUCAUCAUUGUACCAUUUGCAGAGUUUGCACUUCCAAUAGUUUUACAUUUUUUUCCUAAUAUGCUACCAUCAACGUUUCAAAAUAGUUUUAAACAAGAAGACAAUAAUCUUCGAAAAGAAUUAACUGCAAAACAACUUCUUGCCCAAUCUCUUCAGGAGAUGGUUGAACAACAUAUAAGUAGUUUGACUACAUUAGAUCUGCCAGAAAUUACUACUAAAACUACUAUUUUAUCGGAAAUUCAGAAGAAUAUACAACAAAAAUCAAAAUAUUCCGAAAAUAUAGAUGUUCAAUACAUAUCUAUUGAUGAAAUUUUAGAAUUUGCAAAGCUUUUUAAAUCAGAUCUCCAGCUUGAAAAUAUGACUAUUGAGACUUUAGGAUGUAUGAGUAAAAUUAUUGGAAUUAAGCCAUAUGGCUUAAAAUCAAUAGAUAUUUUACGUCUUAGAUAUCAUCUUUUAUCAAUUAUGAAUGAAGAUCGUCAAAUAUUAUGGGAAGGAGUUGGAAAUCUUGACUAUAACGAGUUGAUUGAAUGCUGUAAGGCUAGAGCAAUAAGAUUUUUAGACAUUCCUGAAAAGGAAAUGAGGCGACAAUUGAUUCAGUGGUUAAAGAUUUCUUCUAUUCCCGAUAUUUCUGCAGUAGUUUUAUUAUGGAUAAGAGCAAUUCAUCUUAAUCAUCUAUGA